AAAAGAUUGGUUGUUUUAAAGUUUUUUCCGUUUAUUGGGUGAUUGGUGGUGGUUUCUGAAUGAAAUAUGGUGUUCCGUUGACAAUGUUUGUUUAGAUCACUUAAUUUCCUGAAUGGCUUCGAAGCUUACUUGUCAAACAGUGACUUCCUCUAAACAGCAUAAGAACUCUUUCGCUCUUUGCCAAUGGACAAAGGAGCUCCAUCUAGCCUUUUUGUGAAUGAUGGCUCAUUCAUGGAGAGGUUUAAACAACUUCAACAAGGGACCGACAAGGGGAAGGACAAGGACAGAAAGGAAGCUGCAUCUUUUGAGGAAUCUAAGCCUCCCAAAGUUAUAACUGGGGCUUCACUUCCCAAACCUCCUAUUGUUAAAACCACCAUGGAAUUCAAGGCAAAUGAUACACGCAAGACUAUCCAGCCUCCCUCAGGAGGCAAACUUGCAUUCAGCUUGAAACAGAAGUCAAAACUUGUAGCACCUCCUGUUAAGUUGGCUGCAGAUGAUGAUGAUGAUGAUGAAGAUGAGAAAGAUGCAGGAAAGGGUUCAGAUGACACUCCAGCGAAAAGGCUAAGGAUGGGUCAAUCAGCCCAUGAACAAUCAUCAAAUCAAGUGAACGUUGCACCUUCGUCUCCUAGUGAUCCUACUGUGAAGAAAGUUGCUGACAAACUAGCAAGUUUUGUUGCCAAACAUGGAAGACAAUUUGAGCAUGUUACACGUCAAAAGAAUCCCGGAGACACACCGUUCAAGUUCCUUUUCAAUGAGAGUUGUGCAGAUUACAAGUACUAUGAAUAUCGGCUUGCUGAAGAGGAAAGAGCACUCUCACAGAACAAGGAAUCCCAAAAUCCUCACAAUGAUGGUAUGAAUGCUUCAGCUUCUAAAUCCUCUAGUGGGUCGCAAAGGCCAGUGCACAAGCAAUCAAGUUAUCAAAUACCUGCAUCUGCUUUGUAUGACAGUGCUGAGGAUCCCAGAGUUUCUUUGUCUUCUGUGGAAAGAACUGGUGCAGAUCCCAUAGCAAUGAUGGAGUUUUACAUGAAAAAGGCUGCUCAGGAAGAGAAAACAAGACAGCCUAAACAGUCGAAAGAUGAGAUGCCGCCACCUGCUUCACUUCAAGCACCUGCUGCAAAGAGAGGUCAUCACAUGGGUGAUUACAUUCCACCAGAAGAGCUUGAAAAGUUCUUAGCCACCUGUAAUGAUGCAGCAUCACAGAAAGCUGUCCAGGAUAUUUCAGAUAAGGCAAAGAUUCAGUCUGAUAAUGUUGGGCACAGACUCUUGUCAAAAAUGGGUUGGAAAGAAGGUGAGGGUCUAGGGAGCUCCAAAAAUGGUAUUUCAGAUCCCAUCAUGGCAGGUGGAGUAAAGAAGAAUAACUUGGGGGUUGGUGCUCAUCAGCCUGGUGAGGUGACUCCAGAUGAUGAUAUAUAUGAGCAGUAUAAGAAGAGGAUGAUGCUUGGUUAUAAACACAGACCAAACCCUCUGAACAAUCCUCGGAAAGCGUACUAUUGAAUGAAGUCAUGAGGGAGUUGCCUGCUUGUGGUGACAAAGUCUGUUUGGACUUUGGAGGAAUAAUUAGAAACUUAAAUCUUGUUUUAUGUUUUUUUCUUCUCCUUAGACUGAUUCUGUACAAUUCAGUGUUGAGUGAAAAUAGUUUUGUUUCCCAAACGUUUAAUUUAAAAAUUAGCAUAUUGUUUUAGCUUGUGCUUUUGGUUGGUAUGGCUGAGAGAUGGACCUUUGAAAUGAAGUGCUCUUUAGGUUGUUGAUGGAAGCUUGGGUAAUAAAAUAUAAUAAAUGAC